AUGGAUGUGUUCUUCGAGACUCAGAAAGGCUCACCGUUCAGCAUUGAAUUGGGUUACUGGGAUACAGUGUUUGAAAUCAAACAAAAGAUCGAGAAGUAUCAACACAUCCCAGUUUCCAAACAAACCCUUUUCUUCCAAGGCAACGUUCUUCAAGAUCAUCUUAACAUCGAGCAAUGUAUGAUCCUUGACAACUCUCGUAUCCAGCUUUACGUCCCUUCUCCCGACCAAACCAGUAACCAGAACCGCUACAACCAAGUGUUGAAAACAGAGCAAUCUCCACAGCCAAAGUCAACAGAACAGUUCGUCAACGGUCAUCAAGACUCAACUGUGAUGAUGGCAAUGAGCAACAACAACAACAACCCGAAGAAGCUGAAGGUAAUGGUGCUGCUGAAAUGCGGGACAAGGAAGAUUCCAGUGGAGGUGAACGCAGGUGAUAACGUUGGAGAAUUAAGGAAAGAGCUGGCUAAGGUUCAACAGAGGUUUCAGUUAAGUCUGCCUCAAGAUGGUUAUUUCUUUAUAUAUAAACAGAAUGUAAUGGACGACGACAGGUCAUUCCGGUGGCACCGUGUUGAUCACGGCGACACGAUUGAGAUUUUCAACGGAAGUGUUUCCGGUGGAUCUUAA